GUUUUACUAUUUUGUGCUUAAACUUUAAGUGUUAUUUUUAUGAUUAUUUCGCCAAAAAUUCAAAUUUAAAUGUCUUGAGGCUCUUUCAUUUCAAUUCUGCUUGAUGGUUGUGAAUCUCGACCGUUUUUUGCCUUUUUUGUUUCUUUUCGGCCUUUGUCUUUUACCGGGGUCCUGAUUUCAGCUUUGAUCUCGGCUGGUGAAUAAGAGCCUAAGUUAAGUUAAUUGCGUGUUUACUUACCAAGACUGUUGAUCAAUUCCAAUUGGAUUAAGAUUCAGAGGGAUAAUUAAGUCAAACCAGUGCGAUCAUAACCAACAUCUUACCGAUUAUUUAUUUGUAACAUUUAAGUGAACAUCAAAACUCAACCAGCCUCCAAUGAGAAGACCUAACUUGUUUUAAAAUUGUCAAAAAUUUAGUCUUUUAAAUGUGUAACGAGGUUAACUGUUUACAAUUAAUGUUGACUCAUUACAAAUGGAUGCGAUUAGCAGCAUCUUUGGAUAAGAAAUCAUUUGACAAUCUUUUUGUCUUCUAUUUAUCAUCUAGUUAACUGAUUAUCACUUUCUGGUGCCAAUCAAAUUUUCUCAAUUGUUACUUUUAACGGUGAAAAUUUUGAAGUGAUUUUUGCAGUUCAAUGUUGGUUCUCAAUCUACUGUACUUCUAUCAUUUAUUGUGACAUUUUCUUAAAAUAUGGUUGACAUACAGCCACUUAAAUGUUGUCCAUUUGAUUCCUCGCAUCGGCUUUACCUUUAAUUCACCAUGACAGAAGGAAUAAGUAAUCAAACAAUCAACAAGUUGGACUGUGGUCACGACCAAAGUGAACAUUUCUAUAUACACAAAUGUUUGAAGACAUUUUGUGACAAGUGCAAGCAAGAAAAUCACUCGUGUGUCUUGUGUAAAACUAAACUGAUUGAAGAUGAUUAUCUCAAAGCCAUUGACAGGAAAAGAUGCGAAGAUACUUCCGUUUGCAAUAGCCAGGCCAUUUUUCAUUGUCUCUGCGGUAAUAAAGAUUUUUGUGAGCUGCAUCUGAUUAAAUUUCACAAUUUAAUUGUACCAUCUAAGAGAUGCCGAGCUAUCGAUCUCGAAACUGAAGCUCAAUCAUGUUCAAAGUGUGAAAUGUUCAUUGCUAAAUUUGUGGACCAGACAACCAAUCAGUUAUUUUGUGCUACAUGUAAACAGGAUAAUCACUCAUCUAAUAUUGUGGCCAUUGAACUUGACAACAGCAACACCGACAAUUACAACAUCAACACCACAUUGAACAAUAAUAUUUGCACUCAUCGUGUUGAUAUUAGAAAUCAUUUGGAGUUAUUGAACACUAAACUUGAAGACUAUACGAAUGAGGUGGAAAAAGAAAAGAGCAAGUUCAAUGAAACCAUCGACGAAUUGCAAAAAGCAUUAGAGUCUUACUCGAAUGCUAAUAAGGUCAAAAUAGACAAUUUACGAAAUUCAGUGGACAAAGUUAAACAAUUUUUGAAUCUAUUGAAUCGCGAUGAUAAAUAUGGAAUAAGCAAUCUCAUUAAAUCUGAUCUGCUCAAUAAUAAACUUGCGGACUCGAAACUGAAGUUGUGGAUUGAAGAGAUCUUUCAGUCGUACAAUAUUCCUGAAUUAACAAAAUCGGGUGCUGAUUGGAGCGAGGAAAGUGAAAGUGAUCCUUGUGAACUGGUCCCAUGCCCACGGAAUCGUCCAAUCAUUGUCCAUUCUUUCCAGAUAAUCUACUUAAAUUGACUCACGACUUUAUUAAAGAUCAUCUUCGCCAUAAAAAUGAAUGUAAAUCUUUAUCCUGCUACUGUAAAUCAAACAAUCUCAUCUACAAUAUUCAAACAAAAUUUGUUAAAUUUAUGAAUCAAAAGCAAGUUUCUAAAACUAAUCUGGAUUAUUUUCUCGACUGUUCGUCCAUUGAUGGUGGUUAUGUUACUUUAUUGAUAGAAACUGGUAAACGAGCUCUGAGUAAGUCUACGGAUCUACCAAGUGCUCAAAUUUGUUUUGAAGAAGCUCAUCGAAUCGAUCCAACCAAUUGGUUUGUUCUCGACACUUUAAUGGGUAUUUGUUUCGUGCUUAAUGAUCACAAUAAAUGCCUACAACUCGCAAUCAAAGGAUUAAUGAAGGAUGGCAAUUACUUUAAAGCUCGUGUAUUAAUAUCAGAGAUGUUGGAACGUUUUCCAUCCAUAGGAAUAGAAUUACCUGUCGAGUUAGAGUAUCUGCACUAUUGGAAUUCUUCAGUUGAUAUUAAAAGGAAGAAAAAACUUAUGGGUGACCUCGAGAAUUUGAAGAAGCUCAACAAUAUAGAAAAGGAAUCGGAAAAAGCACAAGAAAAUGUUUUAAAAUCUCUAUGUUUAGAUCUCGAUGCUGUCACACUUUCAUCGUUACAAUCUUUGAUUUCUGCCAUAAUACAUGUUAACAAUGAGAUGGCAAAACAUAAAGUUAAUUUAAGUAAAUUAAUAACAUUGAAAGUCUCUGCCAAUCCAGCACCUUACGUCGUCCCUGCCAUUGGAUAUAAAUUCUCCAAAGAAAAAUCAAACAAUUGUAAUAAGCGAAAGACACGAGGAUCAAGUCCUGAUUCAUCUGCGAAACGAAGAUCAGUUCGAGAUAAAAAGGCAGUAGAUGCAACAGUCGACAAUAUGUACAAAAAGAUUUUCUUCAUGUUCCCCGAAAGUGUUUUAACUCGUGAAAUAGUCCAAGAAGACGACGAGUUAGAGAUGAAAACACAUAACGAAGAUCAAGUGGAGGAUCUAAUUCUUACUCGUUUCCUCUCGAAACAAAAGCCGUUUGUCUCAAAAGGAAAACAAAUUUACAAUAUUGUUGGAGAUCUUUUAUGUGAAAUUGGUGAUCAAGCAACUUUAAUCAAAUUACCUUCUAAUUUUAUGGAACUGUACCGAAUUCAUCAAAAAUGGUAUCCAUUACCAUCGCCGUUAACGUGUUCUAAGCAUCAUACUAUGACAGUGGAAAAGGCGAAAUUCAUUUUGACAGCAAAUGAAGUUGAUUUUAAAGAAUCCGAAGCAAUAUUUUUAACUGAAUCAAUUCCAUAUUUACGAGAUUCAUUCAAUCCCAAUGAAUAUAAUGCCUUCUUCAUUCGUCUUUUGAUUCUUCGAGGGAUCAAAGAAUCUAAAGUUGAUUAUCUUCUAAUGGCAAAUGAAAUGUUUACCAAAACUAACCUCAAAUUAGUGCGAGCGGCAAAUCAAACUGUCUAUACCUCUUCUAGUCUUAGAUCAAUGAUAAACAAGAUGAAUGAAAAUAAUUUGGACACAUUAUUGGAUCAGCAUCGACACGAAGAAAUUGUUGAACUAUUAGCAUCUAAAUCUGAGCUCUCUAAACAAGAAGAAGAGUAUCUUUGUCAAGCUAUUCAAUCGUCAAAACAAUGGAAACGAGGGAUCGAAAUAAUUGCUCGAAGUAAACAAUUGACCGACACAUUGCUAAAUCUAUUACCAAUGUGUUUGAAGAAUGGAGAUAAACUAUCAAUUGAUCGAGAAUUGGCCAUCAAAUUAUUAAAGUUAGGAACCGAAGAUUACAAUGCAAUAGCCUGGACUUGUAUUCUACAAACAUUCAUAAACGAGAUGCGAGUUGGUAAAUCAGACGAAGGAAAAAUCACCGGUUUGAUCAACUCAGCUCAUGAAUAUCUAGGGAAUAAAGGAGCAUGUUGUCACCCAAAUGGCGAGUUUUUAUCUCUCGCACUUGAUUAUCUGAUUAAUCAAUGUAGCAGAAAGAAAGAGAGACUAAUCCAACAGUGUUUUGGUUGCUUCUACAAACAAUUAGAAUGUAGCUUUCUGACCCCUGCUCAUCAUGGAGCGGGGGUUAGUUUAAGUUUAAACGAUGUUGUGAUAAUUUACAAUUACUACAUUCCCAAAAAGCUUCCAGAGUUUGAAACUAACGAAUCAACAAGUUCUCAAGCUGUAGAGUUGUUCAAACGUUUACUAGCAAUUAUUCCUGACAAUUUAAAUCCUGAAAAAUUUUCCAAUUUGUUCAAUGAAUAUUUGGAUAAUGUAAAACCAAUUGAGGCUUCAUCAAAUAUUCCCAGACAUCAUGUUACUCAAGAUAUUUACUAUUACUUAGCUGAUUAUUAUUUCAAAAACAAAAAGUUCAAAGAAGCUAAAAAAUUUUACCAACUUGAUUUAACCUUGAAUCGUGAUCGCUUCGACUCUUGGGCAGCCUAUGCUCUUCUCAUGGCAGAUUCAAUGAUUCCAUAUUUUUCCAAGGAUUGUCGAGUUUUCUACUCAUAUACUAAUGAGGUGCUGUUUUUAGGAGCAACUGCAUGUCGAUGUUUCAAUGAAGCAAUUCGAUUGAAAAAUAACAAGUCCAAGGUAUGGGCCGAAUAUGGAAAGUGUGCUUAUGACAUUGCGAGUUAUAUUUCUCGAGUAAAGAGAUUUGGACCAGAGAACUUAAAUCGAGAAGAAAUGAAACAACAUCGUAAACGAUUUUACGAGCAGGCUCGAGUUUGCUUUGAAUCGGCAAACAAUAUUGUUGAUGCCGAUAAAAUUUGGCUUAACUAUUAUUACUUGGGAAAAAUCGCUGAAAGAAGCAACAUCUUACAAGCACUUCGAUAUUAUGAAUUAUCUGACCUGCAUUUGGCCUUAACUGGAGCAACUUAUCCUUGUAGACUCGGUUAUUAUAGUUCAUAUUAUACCCGCUAUGAAAUCGAAGCUCUAGAAGUCCAUUAUCGAAUUCAUUCCAGUGUUCUUAAAUACAUCCGACGCAAUAGCGAUAAAUUGUCCCCGAAAACAUUAUCACAAAUUAUGGCGUUUUUAACUCGUGCUGAAAGGAGCUUUUUCGUUGAGCAAAUGGAACUGCCAAGUGAUGAAUUCACGGACGAAGAAAUCAUGGAAGAUGUCAAUGAAGUGGUGACUGAUUUGGUCGGUUUGGUCAGUGAUGGAAUUCUGGAGAGUGAUGGACCACGAUUAUGCCAAAGAAUAGUACAAAUGUGCCAAGAAGCAAUGAAUAGGUGCUUGAAACGUUUUCCUAAUCAUUACAAAUCACUCUAUCGAAUGGCCCAUCAUUUUUUUUUUACUAAAGAUUAUCUGCUUUCCAGAAAGAUAUUAACUAAUAUGUUCCACUUUCCAACUGAUUUUCAAACUUAUUUUCGACCUGAAGAAAACCGUGAAUCUGAUUUGAUUCUUGGUCUUUUCUAUCGUAGCAACGCAAGCAAUUUCUUCAAUGGAAUCUGGAAGAUACCGAACAAUUAUAUUGAAAGACCAGGAAGUUUUAUUUCUCAUAUGCUGCGAUCGACUCAUUUAUUGAUUAAUGUCCACCAGAAUUUGGGUGAUGCUGAACAAUUAAUGCGAAUCGCAAUACAUUUGGGCUCAUGUGAACAACCUGCCAAAGGUUAUCUCCGUGAUAUAGAUCAGGAAAAUCUUGGGAAACGAGCGAUGAAAUAUUGUUUCAGUAUUUAUGAGAAUCGUAUCGCAGACGCUAUAAGAAAUCAUGAAAAUUUGGAGCCAAUUGAAGCUGAUUUGAAGAAAAUGUGUAAUCAGCUGAUAGAAAUUCCUAUUUAUAAACGAUCUGCCGAAAAAUUUCUUGGAGAACAUGGAAGUGGUCCUCUCUGUAUUACAAUUGAUUAAUCACAUCGCUAUGAUGAGAAUUCCAUAAAAUUUUUAUAGCAACAACAUGACAAAGUUUAUUACGAUUGAAAAUGGUUUCAAUUUGUU